AUGUAUAUAUGCUACAUUCUCGCACGGGACGGCGGGAGUUUCAUUUUCGAUUUCUCUCCCAAAAUCCAAAAACACAAAGAUGAUUAUUGCUUCAGUUCGAGACCUCUGCCUGCAUUUGAUUUCUUCUGCAUUUCAACGAUGCCAUGCUUCGGAGGACCUUUGCAGGCUCUCCGUCAUUCUCAAGCGCUCUCCACAGUCCGAUCCCCACUCUGUUCUAAUUUCAGUAAAAUGACGAAGUUGUCCUUGGUUUCCGUACGAGCAGUUUCCGAUACGGGUGUGGGAAGCUGCUUGGAGGAGUUUGGAGGUGUAAAGCUUCGUAAGGAGGCUUUUAGCGCGCAGAUUUGGGAUGGAUUGCUUUUUGUCACAGCCACCAGUAUUGCUGAUGAUGAAAUAUAUCACUACCAGUUCAAUCUAAAAGAAAAUGUGUCUGCCAGGAGGUUGACCAGGCUACCUUCAAAUCCUAAGAAUGGACUCAAAUUCAGUGGGACAGAAGUAUGUCUAUCAAUUAUCGAAAGCAUUGAUGUUUUGGUGGCAGAGUUUAGUCUCUUCUUUCAAAAGAUCCUCAUUCUGAAGAUCCCUAAUGUUGCAAUUGAAUUGGUGGUUGAACAUGGGCAUGAUCCUGGAUCCAGAUACGUAAAUGUUUUUCUAGCGAAUGAAUGCAAUCCUUUGUCUAUUCCAGCCUCAAAUCUUGAACGUUUAAAGUCGGGGCUUGAAGAUUAUGUUUUUAAGCAUGGGAAUACAUUAAGCACAAAAUGUGAGUUGUGCUUCUCAAGUUGGGAGCAUCUCAAGGUUGGUAGUGGAGUAGCAUGUUGUACAGAAGGCCGUAAGUAUUCUGGAUCAGUAAUGGAAGCAGUGAUUGUAAUAAGUGAAAUAUCAGAGGUAGCCAGUACUUGCCCGAGGACACAUGGCUCGAAAACAGAGGUUUUGUAUUUUAAAGAUUUCUCACCUUGCCCAAUCCCUCAAUUUUCUUUGAAGGCAUUAACUAGCAUUGACUGGAAAAGUUAUGGCUUGAGCUUUGGGAGUGUUGUGGUUCAGGGUGGCUUUGCAUUAGUGGAAUGGGAGAACUUGCCCCCAUAUAUUACAAUACCAUCAGGAAGGCUAAAGACACGACGUGAUCAGAAUCUUAUUAAAAAAGCAAUUAGACUGGCAUUGGAUGAUUUGAAGGACAAUUAUGCUGGAGUUCUUCUAAGUGCCCAAGCCCUGAAGAUUCGCAGUUUUGCCCCUGAUCUUGCGAAAACAAUUUCUAGCUUGAUCUUGUCUUCCAACGACUCGGAAUUCCGAAAAGAAUGCUUUUCUUUUCUUGGCUUGCCAUCUCAAGGAGUUGGAGGUGAAGUUGUUGAAGAUUGUAUAAAGGAAAGGCUCAUUACAGUUGUAGAAAUGAAUGAUAGAGAUCCCCAGAGAAGCAAAGAAAUCCCAACAUUUCUUUUUGAAGAUGAUCACAUGCAAGACUCGGGAUCUCAAGAUGAGGAAUUUGAAGUAGAGGAUGCUUUUAGCUCCAUGGACAUGUGUUAA